AAAUUUGAUCAGUUUGUAGAAGUAUUUGGAUCUGAAGGGUGGCAGUGAAAUGUAAUCUGCAGUGCAUUUGGUAGUUAAUGAACUUGAAAAGCUUAGUUAUUAAACAUACCUACUGUGUCUUUUCAAAGCGUGUGUAUGUAUACGCAUAUAGAAAAUACUGAUUCUCCUAGCCAGUAAUGGUUUAUCUUCCUGAAUGCCAAUGCUGUAGGUUUUAUCUGUGCAAAAUGCAAAUAUCUGUGCAGGUGCUGCUUCUGAUGCUCCAAUUUGCAGUUCAGUUGACUUAAAAUCCCUUGUGCAACAGGAAUUAUCAGAUGUUACAGCCUUUGACUUUUUUAGUGCCUGGGGUUGGUGUUGAUACCCUGUUUUGAACAAGAGAUUGAAAGGGAAAAGGCAAACAGUUCUAGAGGUAAUUAAUUUCUAAGUGAUCCCAAGCCAAUAAGCUUCAAAACACAUUCAACUCAAGUGAAAAAAUGUGUAUAGCCCUGUAGAUGGGUUCCAUUAAGGAAGGAGAUGGACAGUUUUUGUAGCAUGACUUCAAGCAGGUGCUGCAUAAAAUGAGACUAAUGGUGGUGCUGCAACACUUCUGCUGUCCCUGGAGAAGCUGUCUACUGAAAUAGAAGUAUUUACAAAUAACAGGGACUAAGGAGUCGCUGGGGAAGUGAGAAACUGAUAGUCAUAAAUUGGCACUCAUGACUUGCACUGCUAAUAAAAGGUAAAUCGUAACAAAAAAUGUGAUUAUCAUGUUUAAAGGCAAAGAGGAAAAUUUUAGGUAUGUGUAUUAGCAUUACAGAUGUGUGUGUUCAAGUGUUGGUGGUGUCAGAUAUUUCUAUACUGGAGAAUAAUAUUUCUUGGCACUUUUUAAUAACUGCUGAAUACUUAUUGAUCUGGUAGUAACCAGAGAAGAUGCAGAGCCUCUAUUGUUCAUGUCAAAGGCUUCUUAAUGUGUGAGGUUUUAUAGCUACCCCUGUGAGUUUUCAGAGAAGUGACCAAAGAACGAACAAAACAAACGAUUUAGGUAUUGAGUGAUGCUCAAGGGACUACAGAAUUUCAGCAGGAGAGGAAAAAAGUACUGUGAUGUUGUUUGUGCGGGUAAAUGAAAUGGUCUUCAUUGAGAUUGAUCACGGAGGAAUGAGAACAGCUGCAUGAUGUUGCAUAUUAUAGAAACUCUUGAGGUACUACAGAAUUUGGAUAUAUCACUGGAUAUUCUAGUGGAAACUGGCAUAGGCAAAACAGUUAACAGUUUUAGGAGACAUGCCACUGCUGGGAAUAUAGCUAGAACCCUGGUAAAACAAUGGAAGAAACUUAUUCCUUCUGAAAAGAAAAGCACUCACAGAGAAAGAAAACAAGGUACUGAAAAAGAUGAGACAAAAUCUUCCAUUUCCAAAGAGGUUACGCCUUCAGAGAAGUCCAGAGCAUCUGUACUGACCUCCAGAAGUUCCAACAGUGCCCCCGAUUCUAAAAAGUUGAAUAAGAAGCAUACUUGUAGUGAAAAGAUCCACCAAGGUAGAGAUUCUGAGUCUCAAAAAGAAUGUGAUAAUAAAGAAUGUAGCAAUGAUGAUUAUGAGCAUGCUUCCCAGGGUACCAGUCCUCAAGCUAAAGAAAGUGACUUCAAAGAGAGAACCUCUACAGAGAGCAAGAAUUUUUCGGAAGAGCAGCAUUCCUCUGUAGCCAAUAAAGACUUACCGCAGCUGAAGAAAAAGCCUGGAAGGGAUGCUUCCAAAAAGAGGAAUCCUAAGCAUGUGAAGAAACCAAAACAAAAACUUGUCCUAAAAAGCAAAGCCAAAUUAUCUAGUGAUGAGGAAUUUGAGCCCCCUACUAUGUCUUUUGAAUCUUACCUUACUUAUGAUCAGGUUACAAAGAAAAGAAAGAGGAAGGCUUAUUCUACAGGUGAACAGCCAAAAAAGUGCUCUGAACAGAAAGACAGCUUGUUACUACAGAAGACUUCAAACUUUUCCUAUGUGAAAGAGGCAGAGGAAUAUGUAAAAAAAUGUGAGGAUGCUCAAUUGGAAACUCCCAAUAAAAAGGCCAAGGUGGCAUCCCUCCAAGAUCUUCUUAAUACUCCACUGCCUAAAUUUCUGACAGACAUCUCAAUCUCAUCUCCCCCAUAUGCUGCAGACUUUAAAGCUUCUGUAGCACCUGUUGUAGAAGCACCCCAGCAAGUCAGUGAAACAGUUCAAUUCACAGGACGGAGACUAAACUCUAAAAUGCAAGUUUACUCUGGCUCUAAGCCAGCCUAUCUUUCAAAGAUGCUUACACUGUAUGAACAGUGCAUCCGUGUGCUUCAAAAUAAUAUUGAUUCACUGCAUGAAGUAGGAGGUGUGCCCUUUGAAAUUCUUGAGCCUGUGCUAACACGUUGCACACCAGAGCAGUUGCUUCGAAUAGAGGAAUGUAAUCCGACAUUUGCAGAAGAAUGUGACCACUUGUGGAAGAAACACUGCCAGAGAGAUUUUAAAAGCAAGAGCUUCCUGGAAUACGAGUCUUGGCGUGAAAUGUAUUUGAGGCUGUUUAAUCAGAGAGAAGAAAAACUGAAGACACUUACAAAAAAUAUUAUUUCAGCUCAGUCUGAGAAACCAAAAGGCAGGCAAGUAAAAAUGGCUUACAUGACCAGUGCAGCAAAACCACCAAGGAACGUUCGCAGGCAGCAAGAAAUCCAUGGGACAGCAGGACCUGUCACCCAACUUCAUCCCAUAGAGAAGUGCAAAACCAAGAUUCCUGAAAGCAGAAAUGGAAAUAACAUAUCAUCAAAUCCAAUCCCUGCUGGCAACAGUGGAAGCUGUAGCUCAAGUGCAGUGACUCAAGAUGGAAAGAAGCCUAUCAAAAAAAUCGCACCGAUCAUGAAGAAAACUUUGAGAGCAUUGAAGAGUAGAGCUGGACGACGAUAAAAUGAGGCUACAUAUUUGAAGUCUGAGUGACUAUUUGUAUAUUAUGCUACAGCUAAUGCAAGUAAUGUUAAUGCAAACAUUCUUCACUUUGUCUUAGUUAAAAUAGGUAUGAAACACUGCAGGGGCAAAUGAUUUGCAAUAAAAAUUGAAACAUCUGCGUUCUUUCA